ACCGGCUGCCGGCUAGGAGGCACUCACUUGCUGAACCCAGCAGGUCACACGAGACUUGGGUCCAGGUCAAGAUGGGAUGUCCAUGCAAACGAAGGCGUGGGGUUAUUUCCAACGAGUCGGCCAGGGCUCCGAGGAAGUCAGCAACGGUGGCGCUUGUGUUGUUGCUGUGCCAAGCGCGAGGACUCGUCGUAGCCCCAGCUUUCUUCCCGCACAACGCCGCCGGCGGUAGCGCUCAGCACCGACACACAGCCGCACCGUUGAUCCACGCACGUGCCAGCAGAAUACGUCCAGGCGCGACGGGAGCGGUUGGAGCUUUCAGGCGGGGGCAAUCAAGAGUGAGGCGAAGAUCUAGGCUGGAGAUGGCCAAUCCGGAGGGCACCCAACAGCUGAGAGAUCGCGACCUCGAGUUCAUGUUCUACGACGAAGCUCAGGUGUAUGUUAGGGGUGGAAGCGGGGGCGAGGGAGCGGCAUCGUUCAAGGUCAUGGCAAAGAAGCAGCGAGGGCAACCCAACGGAGGCUCGGGAGGCAAGGGCGGAGACGUAUCACUGGUGUGCGAGAGCAGCCUCAAUACCCUGGUCAACUUGAGGGGUAAGAUGAGCUUUGUGGCUGAAAAAGGCACGGCGGGGCAGCAGCGCCUCACCAACGGCAAGGAUGGCGGCAGCAUCGAGUACUCUGAGAUCCCGGUUCCUCCGGGUACGGUCGUGAAGGACAGGGAUAAUGGGGGCGUCGUCCUGGGCGAGCUGAGGGAGGGGGGCGAGCGGCUCGUGGUCGCGAAGGGGGGCUUCGGGGGGAGGGGUAACGCCGCGACUAAGAUCACGCGCGGUCAGGCGCCGAAGGCUUCGCCGCCGGGUGCCGGCGAGCGUCGGUGGCUCUCCCUCGAGCUGCGCCUGGUGGCGGAUGUUGGCCUGGUGGGCGUGCCUAGCGCGGGGAAGAGCACCCUACUCGCGGCCUCCACUAACGCCAAGCCCAAGAUCGCUGACUAUCCGUUUACGACUCUCGUGCCCAACCUCGGAGUGUGCGAUCCGGAGGCGUUAGGGUUCAAGGGCAAGGGGAUGGUCCUCGCCGACAUCCCCGGGUUACUGGAGGGCGCCCACAAGGGCAUAGGCUUGGGGCGCGCGUUCUUGCGGCACGUUGAGAGGUGUCGCGCCAUCAUCCACAUCGUGAGCGGAGCUUCGCCGGACCCCGUGGGAGACUUCCGAGCGAUCAAUCAGGAGCUGGCGCUGUUUUCCGAGGCAUUAGCCGUGAAACCACAGGUUGUUGUGCUGAACAAGAUCGAUCUUCCGGAGGUUGAAGACCGUCGGGAGGAGCUGGAGACCGCCCUCAAGGAGCACAUGGGACACACCAGGUUGAUGUCUAUUAGCUCUGGGGAGGGAACACACGUCAAGGAGUUGAUGCGGCGAACGAGGCGUUUCCUAGACGGGGUAGAGGCGGAGGAGGCCGAAAAGGAGCGGUUACAGAUGCUGCAGAAGGCGGCGAUGGGAGGAGGGGGCGGGGGCGACGCAGAGGAGGAAGGCAAGGGCGCUGGAGAUAGCUGGGGGCUUCGAGGCUGUCUCGUUUUGUGGUUAGGUGGAUACCCCCUCGGCGUCGUAAGACGCUAG